CAUUGUAUUGAAAAUUUCCGCGAUCAGUUCUCCAUGAUGCAUCCUAAUCAGUUUAUUUGGAGGCCUUAUCUCCACCGGGAGUUGCCGGAAAGUUGUGAUGCCGGCCGUGCUAUAUGGAUGUCGGUAACAACGCUGAUUUGUUGGAAUCUGGCCGAGCCACACCUGCCACACCGAGUGGUGCGCCAAUUCGGGAUUACCCAACCGUAUAUCCCGGAUCUCCCCCGGUUCCACGGUUCUGAUUUUUUGAAACAGGAUCGCCGUGGAAAAUCUGGUCGGAAUUGGGUUCAAUGGCACGCCAAUUAUAUACAGGAGUGGGACAACAGGCACUUUACGGUAUGGAAUGAUCUGGUGGAGGACAGUAUUGAGCCUGUUGCAACGGAAGAAUAUAUGAAUUGGUUUCGCCAGAUCACUGUGGUGUAUUUAACCAAACCCGGCGUGCAUGCUCAAGAGGGAUUCCACGAAACGGCAUCUUCUCAUAACUUUACGGUAGAGACGCUUCACAAUAUACGUCACUUUCUAAGUGCCCGAGCUACGACAGGACAUUUUUGUCCGGAUAUGGUAACCAUUUCGAGGAUGGUUGAAGAAGGACUGCAGAUAUCCGGUGAGCCUCAGCUGAUGGACUACCCUCCUUCGCAGCGCUCUGCAAUGGACGUGGACGUACCCAUAAGGCAAAAGGUAAAUUUCCAGAUAUAG